AUGGCGCUCUCAAACAAUUCAUUCUCACAGACCUACCACCGCUUAUUUGUUGAAUUGGCAGAUCCCCGGACCAAUGACUGGUUCCUCAUCAAAAACCCGCUGCCAGGGCUCACGAUUAUUGGACUCUACCUGUAUUUCACACUAAAAUGGGGACCUCGGUAUAUGGCUGACAAGAAACCCCUUCAGUUACAGAAAACUUUAGUGGUUUACAACUUCAUUCAGGUUUUGGUUAGCUGCUGGUUGUUUUACGAGGGCCUCGACGCUGGUUGGUUGAGGACCUACAGUUGGAAAUGUCAGCCAGUGGAUUUUUCGUCGACACCUGAAGCUUUAAGGGUAGCAAGAGGCGUCUACGUAUAUUUCUUAGCGAAAAUGACAGAACUACUCGACACGAUAUUCUUCGUAAUACGAAAGAAGGAACGGCAGAUUACCUUCCUACAUUUGUACCACCACACCGUGAUGCCCAUGAUAUCAUGGGGUGCUACGAAAUACUAUCCCGGUGGUCAUGGGACCCUCAUUGGAGUCAUCAACUCGUUUGUCCAUAUAAUAAUGUACACAUACUAUAUGUUAGCGGCUAUGGGACCUCAGUACCAGCGAUUCUUAUUCUGGAAACGACACAUCACGACAUUGCAAAUGCUCCAGUUCUGUAUCGCAUUCAUCCAUUCUUCUCAACUUUUAUUCUACGACUGCGGUUAUCCACGUUGGUCCGUCGUUUUUACUCUACCUAACUCCAUUUUCUUCUACUAUCUCUUUUAUGACUUCUACUACAAAGCAUAUGGAAAACCAGGAGAUAAGAAAAAAGUAUUGAAACAAAAUGAAGAAAAUCAUCAUCAUGAUAAGAAAUCAAACGGCAUAGCUAAUGGAUUAAAAACAGAAAAUGGUAAAGUAAAUGGAGUUCUUAACGAAGGAAAGAAAAUCGAC